AUGGCUUUCAUGGCUCCCUGCUCAGAUGCCUCCGAGAAGCCUUUCCUAACCCCACUCCUCUUGGAGCUGCAGUGCAACCUCGUGAUGUACUGUUUCCAGGGGAUGGGUGACUGGGUGGCUCUGGCGCUCACCUCCAUCACGGGGGCCGAACAGGCGACCUGGGGUCCUGUGCGAGGUGCUGUGUUGGGCAACUUACUUUAUUCCGAGCCGACAAAGAAGAGGCGCGGCGGCCCCAGCAGGUCCCUGCGUGUGACAGUGACAGUGCUGGAUAGCUCCCGCGCAGCGGACAGCAGGGGUGUGAGAGCCCCUCUGAGAUGGUUCCCAUUCAGUUACUCAAGGGCACUGGGAUGGGUGUCCCUGGGCGCGUAUGCAGCCGGGUCUGAUGAACCUGGCCCAGAGGGCCUCACCUCCACCUCCCUGCUGGACCUCCUGUUGCCCACUGGCCUGGAGCCGCUGGACUCAGAGGAGCCCAGUGAGGCCAUGGGACUGGGAGCUGGCCUGGGAGCCCCUGGGUCAGGCUUCCCCAGCGAAGAGAGUGAAGAGUCCCGCAUUCUGCAGCCACCACAGUACUUCUGGGAAGAGGAGGAGGAGCUGAAUGACUCUAGUCUGGACCUGGGACCCACUGCAGAUUAUGGUUUCCCAGACUUGACUGAGAAGGCAGGUCCUAUAGAAGACAGCCAGGGCCAAGAGGCGUCGAGCCUCCCCCCUCCCUUGCCUAAGAUGAACCUGGUAGAGCCACCUUGGCAUAUGGCUCCUGGAGAGGAGGAAGAGGAGGAGGAUGAGGAGAAAGAGGAGGAGAAAGAGGAUAUAGAGAAAGAAGAAGAGGAGGAGGAGAAGGAAGAACUGCUGCCUGUGAACAGAGCCCAAGAAGAAGCCCAAACUCAGGUCCACGACUUUUCUACCACCAGCAGCAGCCAGACUCCCCUGGCCCCCAAACACAAGCAUGAAGAUUCUGGGGACCAGGCCUCCUCAGGUGUGGAGGUAGGGAGCAGCAUGGAGCCAAGCCUGUCACCACCCUCAGUCACCCCAAGUACAGUGACCCUAGGGGGUCAGGACUUCACCAACCAGGAGGCAGGGGACACAACGCUGCCAGCUGCAGGGCAUGAGGUAGAUUUUGAGGCUCCGCAGGAGGCAACUGAGGAGGCUACCAUGGGAAUAACUGUGUUGGCUGGCAAGCAAGGGGAGGUGCUGUCCUUGGCCUCAUUCCCUCAAGCAGAAGCCCCAAGUGGGGCUGAGACCCCAGAUGAAGACCCCCUUUACCCUGGAGCCUCAGCCACUGUCCCCCUGCCCUCCCAAGACAUGGAACUGACACCGUCCUCUGCUACCUUGGGACAAGAAGACCUCAGCCAGCAGCCCCAGGAAAGGCAGGCUGCCGAAGCUCAAUCCAGAAUCCCCUGGGAUUCUACGCAGGUGGUCUGCAAAGACUGGAGCAAUCUGGCUGGGAAAAAUUACAUCAUUCUGAACAUGACAGAGAACAUAGACUGUGAGGUGUUUCGGCAGCACUGGGGACUGCAGUUCCUGGCUCUGGUGGAGGAGGUGCUACCCCGGCACGGUAGCGGCCACCACGGGGACUGGCACAUCUCCCUGAGCAAGCCCAGUGAGAAGGAGCAGCACCUUCUAAUGACCUUGGUGGGCGAGCAGGGGGUGAUGCCCACUCAAGAUGUCCUUUCUAUGCUGGGUGAUAUCCGCAGGAGUCUGGUGGAGAUUGGCAUCCAGAACUACUCCACAACCAGCAGCUGCCAGGCCCGGGCCAGCCAGGUGCGCAGUGACUACGGGACGCUCUUUGUGGUGCUGGUGGUCAUCGGUGCCAUCUGCGUGAUCAUCAUUGUGCUGGGCCUGCUCUACAAUUGCUGGCAGCGCCGGCUGCCCAAGCUCAAACAUGUGGUGAGUGUGGGGGCAGGUGGGGCAGAGGUCGUGGGCUGGGGGCAGUGCUGGUGGAGAUGGGAGUGCCCCGCAGGCUGUCAUCUGCAGACUCUGUCAUCUCAGGUGGGCUGGUAGUCAUGGCCUGGGUUGGGGUACUGCAGGUGAGGCCACUUGUCCAGAGCCUGCAUCUCAGUGGACCUUUAGUGCAGGGCACCAGCCCCACCCGCAGGAGCCCUCCAUGGCACCAGCCCCUCCUGGGCAGAGUGGCCCUGCAGGCCUGAGCUCAUUUGGAUGUCUCCCUAGAAGCCCUGGGUCAGCAGAGCACAGGGGUUCAGGAAAGACUCCUCACAAAGGAGAGGGCAGGGCAAGACGCCCUUUCCCAGGAGUCCCUUGGAGUCUAUCAGGAGGCUGUUGGGAGGGAUCAGCUGGUGUUAGUCAAAGGAUCAGUAGAAUUAUUUUAAGAAAGGAUUUGGGCUGUGGGAACAGAGCAGAAGAGAGCAGGAGGGCAGUGGCAUCUGUGGGAGGUCCCUGGGGUUCCCUGUGUAGGGUCUUACAGACUAGGGAAGGAGCAAUGAAGUGACUUGUUCAAGGUCACAGGUCAGGUCAACGGGGCACGUUGUGCAGCUGGUGGGUUGGGCUGGGGCCCGGGCCCAGGCCGAGGCCCUCGCCCA